AUGACUCUGCCAUCUCAUGGUGUAGCAUCAAACUCUAAUUCGGAUGCUACGAUGCCUUAUUCCGACGAUCUUCCGCAGACAAGAACCCCUCUGCUGGGCAACAAUGGCCAGUCGGAGGCAGCAGCUAGAAUACGUUCAACUUCACGCAGUGUUAAAAAUCAGAGUAGCAGGGCGGUGUCUUUCAUCGUCCACAUCUUCCGGGGUGGUCUCUUCUCUCCACCAACCUUGACAUACGACCCACUACUCUUGCUCCUGAAUCAUGACGACCAGGACGAAAGAAACAGACUCACUGAGAAAUGGAAGGACAACAAGCUGCAAGAGCUUAACUUCGUAGGCGUGGUAUCCGCUCUGCUCGCAAAUGUCCUCACAUCGACCGGUUCAUGGCCAAAUCUUCUGCCCCCUGAAACGACCACUCCCUGGCCUGUACGGACCUGCUGGUUCUGCGGUAUCGCUUUUGCCCUUGCCAGUGUGUUGACAGCGGCAGACCAGACAAUUCGGCUCCAUAGAAUGGCCGGACAUAGGGAUGGCUUGGUUCUCAUCAGACAGUCUCUGCGCAUCCAAGAUCGGGUAUUGAUUGGCACUGAGUGGAAGUACCGCCCUCGCAAAAUGCAAGUCUACGCCUGGCAGUUGUCAGUUCUGUUCCUGGCAGGCGCGGUUCUCUGCAUGAUCUCAGGGAUGAUCUUCUUGGUUUGGAGCGCUGUUGCCGAAGACAUCGGCAGAGGAAAGGGUUUUGAUGACAACGGCAAGGUUGCUGUGAUAUUCACAUCAUUCGCCCUAAUCACAGCCAUCAUCUUCGCACUGGGUCAAACAACGCUGUACUACCCGGUACCGAAGGGAGGCGACAUUGAAGAUAGUGACUGA